AUGAGUGUCAUUCUCGCUGUAACCAGCGUCUGUGUUGCCGUCACCAUGGCAGCCCAUCUGUCUCUUACCCCAAUGCCCUCUAACGGUUCGUCAGCUGCUGAUCGCGGCCUGUGUUUACCUCGGGAUAGAGCGUCCGAGCGGCUGUUCCUCAUGAGCAAGGAUGUAAGGAUUCCGCCCGCCCGCGCCUCGCUCAACCUCAGCGGCGUUCACCUGAAGGUGGCGCUGUGGUCGUGCUCUAACCACACUAACUUUCAUUUGGGAUCGCGCGUUCUCAAGGAGCUCUCUACGUUUAUGUACUUCACCUACACCGUGACGGCACGCUGCUACGGCUUCGACGGUAUAGUCGCCGGGAUUGCAGCGGGAGAGAUAGAUAUCGCAGCAUAUCUGCGAAUCACGGAGCACCGUCAGCGGUCCGUGACUUUUCUGCAUCCACUCGCCGAGUCCCGUUACAGCUUCAUCAUCCGUCUAGAGAGAGUGGACAAGCCAGCACCACUGACGAUAUUCGCUCCAUUGGACCGGACCUGCUGGUUGUGCAUAUUCUGCUACAUGGCUGCUAGCGUCGCUACACUGACGCUAUACGAGAUGUACAGAAGGAAGAGAGAGGGACUGGAGAACAGAGCCUGGCUGCAGGUAUUCGGCCGGUACCUGAUGUUUAAGCUGGGAUCCGUGCUGCAGCAGGGCGGCACGUAUAACGCUGUCGACAUGCCGUCACGGAUGCUGGUCGGAUGGUGGUGGCUGUUUGCUCUGGUCAUCACAGCGACCUACUCUGCCACGCUGGGCAGCCAUCAUUCGAUACAAACCAUCAACACUUACCCGUUUACAUCCAUACAAGAGGCCGCCACCAGUCCACUGACACCACUUGUCUAUUGCCACAAUUCAGAAGCGCAACUUCUCUCUACCAGUGACCCCGAGUCUGACCUCGGCCGACUGUGGCGCCGCGUAGUGGCCGACGAUGGUCUCUUUGAUUCGCGAGAGAAGGCGUUCGAGAUGGUGCUAGAUGGAGACCACACUAUGAUCAAUGAUGAGUUAAACGCCAUUUACUUCUUUGCCAAUGAUUACAAGCUGCACGGCUACUGUCGCUAUACCCUGGUGCCCCAUGUCUUCUUCUACCCUGGAUACCGAGGCCUCGCCGUGCCCAAGCACUUUCCUUACACGGAGCAGCUUAACUACGGCAUUCUGACGUUGCACGAGCGAGGAUUCAUCGCCGAAUGGAAGAGGGCCGCGCUGCCACGAGGUGGCGCCACCGUCUGCCUCCUGGUGGAGAUGGCCAUCGAUUGGGCGGGACUGGGCAACGGCGUCCGCCGCGGCAUAGAGGGCGCCACUGCCGCCAAGGAAACCGUCGGCGUAAAGGGUACCCAUGCACUGGAGCGCAUGCGCGGUGACUACCCAGCGACAACGUCAUUGGCACGCCCCAUCUGGGCGACAUCGCCCUCCGCAAACCAGUCGCAAUUGACUUAUCUGUAG